AUGGCGUGGCCCUGCAUCAGCCGCCUCUGCUGCCUGGCGCGGCGCUGGAACCAGCUGGACCGCUCCGACGUGGCCGUGCCGCUGACCCUACACAACUACUCGGACCUCGAGAGCGAGGAGCCAAUCCCGGGCGUUGCUCCCUCGCGCAGAGGACCCUCUCCCGCAGGCGCCCGGGACCCCAGCCGGGACGUGCCGCUCACUCAGUACCAGCGGGACUUCGGCGUGUGGACGGCGCCCGCGGGGUCCAGAGAUGCAACGCAGGGGCGCGGACAGGGAGCAAGCAGCCGCAGGGCCAAGACCUCCGCACCCCACUGCCGGGGGGUCUACGUGCUCCCCAUCGGCGACGCGGAUACGGCUGCAGUGGCGACCACAUCGUACAGACAGGAAUUCCAGGCCUGGACUGGAGUGAAGCCAUCAAGAUCCACGAAGGUGAAGCCCGCCAAAGUCAUCACAACCCACAGCUCUGGAUGGGACGGCAGCCCCAGGCCCGGUUUCCAGGCCCCUGAGGUGAGGAAAAAGUUUGCCCCUAACCCCUCAGCCAUCUUUCAGGCCUCGGCUCCCCGGAUCCUCAACGUGUGACUGCCCACAGAAGAGUGAGCCACGGGGAUCAGAACCCACCCCCGGGGACUGCGGACUUUAAUGUGCCUUGGCUACCGCUGCACUCCCUUGGAGGUGUGUAGAUUCUGGGAAUGCUCACCCAGGGCUAUAACUGCACUGGUGUCGUAUGUAGUAUUUAACAAGAACACAUCUCCCCAGCCCCACCUAGGGUAAAACAAGAUUAGACUUUUGUUUGCUCAUUUGCAAACCCUGCCUCCCCCUAAGAGAACUUGGGUUUCCAUGCAGGGUGCUCAGUACAGUAAAUGGCCAACAAAGUAAGCUGCUGUACGUGUUCUCUCCUGUGCAGGUACCCCUUCCUGGGAGCCGGCUUUACUGGCAUCUGCUGCUUUGGUCCAGUAAUAGUCCCUGUUCAUCACACGGCACAGCCAGUUAUGCCUCUCCACCCCCCAAGCUUGUCCUAGCAGCCCCAUCACUGCCCAAGAAAGACCUGACCUUAGGAAGGCAUCCUGCAUGCUCAAGGACAGACAGCUUUUCACAAACAUCCCAAUGCAACAGCUUUCCUUACUAGACUUCAUUAAUUAUUAGAUCUGAAUUCUGAAGAACCUUGCUCCCACUCACUCUAGGUCUUAAUAAGGCCACUCCAGUAACAUUAUGUUAAGGCCUUAAGAAGCCACUGAGAUAAUAAGAGCCUCAAUUGUGUGGUCCCAACUCAUGUAGGUCAUAUAAAUAAUACAAAUGAAGACAAAAACGUACUGAAAUAUUAAUAGUGGCUAUCUUUGAGAAGGGGAACUAUGGGUAAUUUAAAAUUUUUUACAUCUUACAAUAUUUGCUAAAGUUUCUAUACAGUACGCAUUUUUGUAUUAAAUUAAAACAGUUUAAUCUGGUAGGUAAUUUUAGCCAACAGAAAGAGUUCAAAUUAAUUAUUCCAUAACCAAAGAUAGCACUGCAGUAGCAGGCUUGAUCAGCUGUGAGGAGGCCCAACCAGAGGGAAGGGCCCCAGUCACUGAGAGCAAGACUGAUGGCUCCAACUCAGAAAAACCCUAAACACUAACCAUCCUUGUAAUAUCGCUAGGAUUUUAGGUCAAACUCCAAAAAAUCAGCAUUUGAGAGAACUUUGGCUGUGCAGCCCACCCCAGGCCGACGGGGGAUCCUUUGAGCUCUGCUGGCCACACACACAGGCUCCUCCGGUGAGGAAGAGAGAGUCCCCGAGAAGGCACUCACAGUGUUUGAAAUACUUUUCUUCUUGGGAACAAUUCACUGACAGAGAAGAACUGGAUGAGAUGAGCUGUCUGAGGGACUGGGGGAAGCACUGGCCACUCAACAUGGACUCAGCAGAAGCUCCUGCAGCCCACGCCAACAGCAGGAACCGGCGCUCUGCUGGCACCUCCUCCACGCUGCGCGGGUCUGAGACCCACACAGGAAGGGCUUCCCAGCUGCAGUCAAACCUUUUCCUGACCUGUGCUGGACUCUGUUCACCCCCCGACAAUGCUGAGACUGGCGGCAGUACUCUCUUGUGUUCCAUGAAACAGGAAUUCUCAGUCUGUGGUCUCCCAAGAUCGUGUGGUUUCCGCACAGGAUCACUGCUUCCUGAGCUGACUUGGGGUUGACAGCGGAUCCUCCCCACCACGGCCACUGCUGUGUGCCGAAGCCCAACCCUCCUCCAGACGUUAUCAGGGUACCUGUUGGGGUACCUGGAACGCCAACUCACAUAAUGGGUAGAACCUCUAGUUUGCCAGACUCACUUCCCACCUCCUGGAGGGAGACUCAGGCCCAUGGUACCCCCUGGAAACCACCCAGAGGACAAAAGGGCCCAAUAUAAAGUGGCCUGACCCCAGACUCUGAUGGAGCCUGCACAGAGUGAAUAGAUGCGAGUUGACAGAGCAUGCAUCCACUCACAGCUUAACUCUAGAAUCAGGAAACAAACUUCUGUCCUAAAGGGAUUGACCUGGGACUGAAUGCUCCGGUGGCAUUAGGUGGAGGCAAUGGUUUGGUGGCCAUGACACUCUGAGGCACACAGGAAACUAUCUCUUCUCCAGAAAAGAAGAGUCAUCACAGUUCCAGGCUUCGAAUCCUGCUUUCCUAGGAGCAUCUUCAUUCCAUUCACUGAUCUUCAUUCAGUAUCCCCAUGUGUUUGUUUGUGAGGAAGUCCAGAAAAGGAAUGUUGCAAAUGGCCUGGUGAAUAUUACUCACUGUAAUUUCUUUGGGAAUCCUGGUCCAAAAAAAAUAAAUGUUAAUUCUCUCAAAUAUCUAAAUUAAUUAUAUGGGGAUAAUAAUGAGUGACAGGCAUGGCUUGGGGCCACUCUAGGGAUGGGGAGCUGCUCUUUUCCCUCUGUCCCCCCACCUCUCUUCUUUUCCAUUAAUUCCUUUGACUCAGGAGAUGUGGCCUAUAUCCUCUUCCCGGCCAGCCCUAUUUAGGGCUCAAAUCUAACUUCCUACUCAUACGCAUGAGAUGAAUUUCAAGAAGUUGGCUGAAGAUUAAGGGAAAACAAAGAUUUUGAAGACUGAAAAAAAAGGAAUGAAGUAGAGCAGAGAACAGAAUAUCGCUGUAGUUCAGUCUUAGCUGAAUCAAAGCACCACAGAACUUGGGGACCAUGUUUCCCAUCUCUUGGAAUUUAUGCCAGACCAAGUUGGGUGAUGUUAAAUGUUCUUAUCAAAAGCACUCAAGUUGCUUUGUGUCUUCAUAGUCAGGACCAUGGUGGUGAGCAGGGCCGCAGAGGCACUCGGCCCACUCCUGUAUCUCUAGCAGGACAAGCAGCAGCAACAUUACUGGAACUCCUUUGUUCCCCACUUUUUGUAAAGAGCUCUCUAUACUGCCCACUAUGUUAUAUCCCUGUCAAGUCUGACCUAAUAAUCCUCUUAUUUAGGUCUCUUCAUGACCUCAGGUACUCUGUUAAAGUUUUAAUAAAUUUAUAACAGCCUUUAAACAAUA